AUGAGCCUAUGUGGCAGGAAGGCGCUGACUUUGCUGAGCAGCGUGUUCGCUGUUUGCGCCCUGGGUCUGUUGGGCAUCGCCGUAAGCACCGACUACUGGCUCUACCUUGAGGAGGGCGUCAUCCUCCCCCUCAACCAGAGCACCGAGAUACGCAUGUCCCUCCACUCUGGCCUCUGGAGGGUGUGCUUCUUGGUUGGGGAGGAGAAAGGCCGAUGUUUUACCAUAGAGUAUGUGAUGCCCACUAACGUCCAGCUGACCUCUGAGUCCACUGUCAGUGUCCUGAAGAUGAUCCGUUCUGCCACACCCUUCCCUCUGGUCAGCCUCUUCUUCAUGUUCAUUGCUUUUGUGCUCAGUAACAUCGGUCACAUCCGACCCCAUCGCACCAUCCUGGCCUUUGUCUCUGGAAUUUUCUUCAUCCUGUCAGGUCUCUCUCUUGUGGUCGGUCUGGUGUUGUACAUCUCCAACAUCAAUGACGAAAUGUUGAACAGAACCAAAACUAAUGAGGCCUACUUCACCUACAAGUAUGGCUGGUCGUUUGCCUUUGCUGCCAUCUCCUUCCUGCUCACUGAGACUGCAGGUGUCAUGUCAGUGUACCUGUUCAUGAAGCGUUACACAGCAGAGGAAAUGUACCGGCCCCAUCAGGGCUUCUACCAGCCUCGCCUCAGCAACUGCUCAGAUUACUCCGGCCAGUUCCUCCAUCCAGACGCCUGGGCCGGACGUGGUCGCAGUGCAUCCUCCAUCUCCUCUGAGGCCUCUGUCCAGAUGAACUCCUCCAACUACCCGGCUCUCCUAAAGUGUCCAGAGUAUGAGCAAAUGUCCUCCUCACCGUGCUGA